GGAGCCGGAGCCACCUGUCAGGUUCCACGAUGUAAAGAUCGCCGUCUGUAAAGUGUUUUAUUGUGCGAAGACGUGGUAAGAGGAUUCUGGUCCCCGCUCACUCAUUUGCCCCGUAACCUUGAAGUUAGUCUUGGCAAUUCCCUCACCUCAGCUUCCUCUUCAGUACUCGGAACAACGCCUAGAUGCUGAAGAUCAAGUCAGCCGUCGGGAAAUGCUCACAGUUUCAUUACGAAUGAAAUGUUCUUUACACUCAAAAUGUAGGCAAAUUGUUAAAAUUGUCAUAAAAUUGAGAGAAAAGUUCUCAUGUCUCAGACAGCACAAAUGUUCCCUUCUCCAAUUCACCAGGUACUGAAGGAGAGGGGCGGGGAAGGUGCAUAGUGACACGGUGACAUAGUUUAGAUUUGGCCUUAGAUGUUUUUAAAUUUGUAUGCUGACUAAAUCUUCGUCUCCUGCGUCUACUACUCGUUCUCAAUUGCUUUCUAGGAGCAGCUCCUUCCCAUUUGUAUUCUGAUCUUAUAUGGAAGCUGAGAAACCAAAUUGUUGAAAUGUAUUUAAAAAAUAAUCAAGUGAAAACCUCCCAGUACUAGUAAAAAUGAAUUUGAUGUUUUUAUGUGGGAACCAUUUUUUCUUGAUUUCCUGAAAUGUGACCUAGAUAAGUCUUAUAUCAUUUGUUACUUAUUCACUAGGCAUUUAUUGGGGUAGGACUAGGCAAUAUAUUGGCCUGCUGACUGUGGGCUAAUUUAGCAGUUUUAGCGGUUAAACAGAAAAGGUUCUUGAGAAAUAGUAAAGGAAGGUUAAGUUGCUUUUCAAGAGAAAGGAGAUUUUUAGGCCAGGGAUUUAACUCACUGGUUUUGCCGCCUGCUGUGCAAGCUCAAGGACCUGAGUUCGAUCCCAGUACCCCCCCACCAGAAAAAAAAAAAAGAGAAAGGGGAUUUUUAUUAGUUCACAUAACCAAACUUCAAGUGUAGGAAUGGUAAACACAAUAAAGGAUCUUAAAACCAUCAAAACUUGUUUUUUUUUAAUCUCCACGUGUCUACUACAGUUUCUGUAAUUACAGAAAUUAGGUUUUGGAUAUGGUUGAGUCCAUAAAUCACAUCUUCACAGCUUCAUGAUGAAAAAGAUAGGGAUUGUCCUCUUUUGCCGCAUUUUGUAAAUCUUACUAGAAGAGUCUUUACUCUUUUAUUUUACCCUUAGCUACAUAGACCACCAGGACUGCGGUUGUGUAACCUCAUUAGUCUGUUGGGUAGCCAGUGUCAGAACUGAUUUGACUCUUUAUUACUGGAAAGUUGUGUUAGAUAAUGUCAUUUGUUUACAAUUCAUUCUUCUCUUUCCUUACUAUGGCUUCUUUGUAAAUAAGAGUGUACUUUCCCUCCCGUUGACUUUGGACGUGGCUAGUUGACCAGUGUUUAUGGGCGGAAAUGAUAUAGCACAUGCCAGCUCUAAAUGGAAAUUUUUAAGAGGUUUUUGGCUUUUCUGUUUGUCCCUUGAGCUUCUGACCUUUGCUGAGAGAAUGGCUUUUCUCAGGGACCUAGGGCUUCUUCAGCAUGGGUUGUUCACUGGUUUAAAGCCUGUUACAAAGGAUACAAAGGGAGCAGCAUAGGUGGAGAGUCAUGUGGAAAGGAGGACUCUGCUUUCGUGCCCUCUGGCUGUGCUGUCCUCCAGGAACUUUGUGUUCAGCUACCCCAGAGCUCCAGCCAGGGUUUCCUUUUUAGGGUUAAUCUAAAAAUUGUAAAAUAAGACUGUAAUAAUAAUGAUAAGAUUGCACUUCAGGCAGCUGUACUGAUAAUGAAAUUUCCUAGUUUUGCAGUGCCUGGAGGCAUCUUAAGAUGCUAAAAUAUUAUUUUGUUAACCAAAUACAUUAUCUAUGUAGUGUUUUUCUUUUUGGUACUGGGGAGCAAACCCGGGACCUUGUGCUUGUGAGGCAGGCGGCGGAGCCACUGAGCUAAAUCCUCAGCCCCUCCAUUUAGUUCCUUUUAAUGUCCUUUGGAAAUCUGGUAUCAAAUCACAUCUUUCCUACUAUAUCAGUUAGACACCAGCAAAGUUUUACUAUUUAAGGACAGAAUAAAAUAAAGUGAGAAUCAUGGCUGUGUUUUGUAAAAUAGCUGAUAAAAACAUUUUGAUAUUAAUUUCUGGUUGUCUGAUUAAUGGAUUAUUUCUACCCAGAAUGCUUUGGUUAUAUUUUUGUCUAGUCUGAAAUUCUCAUUUUCAAGUGUAGGUUCUAAGUGCUGUCUUGGCUAAAUUUUCAACCCUUGUACAGUAAGUAGGGAAUUCAUCUGAACUAGUACCUCUUUGGUGGAAUGGUUUAGCAUAGAGUCUGAACUCAUUCUGCCUAGUAGGACUAGCAACAUAAUUUGUGGUCACCUGUGCGAAGAGCUCCUUGUUAAAAAAUUAUUAAGAAUGUCAAAUUAAGAGCACCAGAGCAUUUCAACCAAGCAAAGGGGACCUGAGUGCUGCAGAGGUCCGGACCUUGUGAAGCUGUCCCUGGCACCGCCCUCUGAAUUCUAACUCUUCCUCCCUGGCACUGGAACCUACCCCAAAUACACUAUGCUGUUCCUCCUUCCUUGUUAAAACAGGGAUAAAUCAUGACUAUCUUUCACUGUGUUUGACAGAGUUAACAACUAUAAAGUACUUCACAAAUGUCAGCCAGGAUUACCGAUUUUUGUAAUCAUUUGAGAAUAGAAUCAGCUGGUUAAAGAAAAGCUCAGGAAAUAUUUAGAAUUCAUUAAACCCUUCCUAAUCCUAAUUCUUCUCCUGUACACUUCUCCCCUACUAAGCUUAUUUUGAGUAUCUUCCAGGCUAUGUUUUAUUGUAAACUCAAGCAACUUUAUAAGAAAAAGAAAGCUAGUUAACUUUAAAUCUCAUUAAUGUUCAUCAUUAAAUAACACAAUCAAAAUGUUUAGGAUGUUGCCUUAAGGAACUUAAAAUAUUAAUACUUUUUGUUUUCUGCAUUUAAUGUACAUGUUUUAUCAGUAAAUACAUAGCCUAUUUGUCUGCAUAUUUGAGAAACGAUGAUGUUGUUACCCCUUUUUCAAAUGAGAUUACAAACAAAAGCCUCAGGGGUCCAAUUAUCAAAGACAAACACUAAAAUUCAUGCCCUAAAAUUAACCUACUAAAGAGUUUAGAAUGGAUGGUAAGCUUGUUCACUUGAUACAAGUUAUUGUUUUAAUCAUCACAAUUUAUAACCAUUGCUCAAUAUUUUUUGUCCUAGGAAUAGUGUUAUAAUUUGAUCUGAAACUUUUCUGGGAAGAAAACCAAAAAACAAACCUCAGCAUUGUACAUACCAGACUACAUCUUUAUUCUUUCCUAUCCAAGAACACUAACUUUUGGUUUAACAGAAACAUAAUAAUCUGUCAUAUGUUUGUAGUCUGUACACAGCACAGUGCCUGAUUCAUGAAUUAAAAUGUAUGAAGUGAAUUUUAAAUAUAUUACUAAGUAGAAUAUAUUUUUUCAGUAUUCCCAGUGUGCUGGGUACUGCUAAGAGCUAGUUUGCAUACAGUAAUUCUUUUCCUCCUGCUAAUAAUUGAACCUCUACUUUAUAAAUGAGGAAAAUAAGAUUUUAAUAGUUUAAUUACCUUAAGAUCACAAGUUGACAUUUGUAUUUCAGGCCUAAUUCCAAAGCUCAUGGUUCUCUACUAGGGUUUAAAUCUUGGCUCUAUUUUGUGACCUUGGGCCUUACUAGAAAGAUGAAACCUGAUGAAACACCUAUGUUUGACCCAAGUCUACUAAGAGAAGUGGACUGGAGCCAGAAUACAGCUACGUUUUCUCCAGACAUUUCUCCAACACAUCCCGGAGAAGGCUUGGUUUUGAGGCCCCUUUGUACUGCUGACUUAAACAGAGGUUUUUUUAAGGUACUGGGUCAGCUGACAGAGACUGGAGUUGUCAACCCAGAACAGUUUAUGAAAUCUUUUGAACAUAUGAAGAAAUCUGGGGAUUAUUAUGUUAUAGUUGUGGAAGAUGUGACCCUAGGACAGAUUGUUGCUACAGCAACUCUGAUAAUCGAACAUAAAUUCAUCCAUUCCUGUGCUAAGAGAGGAAGAGUAGAAGAUGUUGUUGUUAGUGAUGAAUGCAGAGGAAAGCAGCUUGGCAAAUUGUUAUUGUCGACCCUUACUUUGCUAAGCAAGAAACUGAACUGUUACAAGAUUACUCUUGAAUGUCUACCACAAAAUGUUGGUUUCUAUAAGAAGUUUGGCUAUGCAGUCUCUGAAGAAAACUACAUGUGCCAGAGGUUUCUAAACUAAAAGUCACUUAAGAAAAUUGUAUAGGAGCUGAUGUGCUGCACCCAGUGGCCUCCAUCAGCACUGAACUGAAAAGCACACUGAAAUAUCCCAAGUACGAUGAUGUUUAGAAGAUUACCUUAGGCUGGUGGGACAUGCUGUGAAUUCAGAUCACAAAUUAAGUAUUAUAAAGGGAUGAUUUUUAACCAAAUGAAUAUAUUUUUAACUGGAAUCUUUUCUCGCAUUGUAUUUUUCUAAAAUUUGGCUUAGUUUCUUGGUAGUAAAGAGUAUGAGUAGUAAGGAGCUGUGCUGCUCAUUUUUAAAACUGAUCAUGGCUGUUUCUUACCACAUUCAUCUACAUACACUUGCUGUCAUUUCUCACAUAUGGAUUACAUAAGGUUGGAUUUAAUGUAGUUCAGCUAACAUUUGCUGAUCUAAUAUUGGCAGACAACUUGAUCAGCCUUUUAAAGAAAUGUAAAUUAUGAAAUUGAUAGGGUCCAGAGGAAAACAUGUUUUACUUACCAAAAGUGCAUAUAGUUUCAUAUGGGAGUACUACCUAUAUUAUCUUUGAAAUAUUAUUCAUUUGUUAGAAUUACUGAAGGGCGAAUAUAAAGGUCAAGACUGAGCUGGGGAUGUAGCUCAGUGGUGCCACCACCUGCCUCACAAGCGCAAGGACCCGAGUUCGAACUCUGGUACCAAAAAAAAACCUGAAAAGGUAUUUUAGCAACUCUCGGCAUAUGUACUUUUACCUUUCUUUUUUUAUGGGUACUGAAGCCUUUCUUUUGGUUAAUGUUUUUGUGAAACAUGAAAUAUUACAAAAUUGUGGGGAAUAUUUUAAAAUGUUUGGCACUGUAUUUGUCUCAUUCUGAAAAUGUUCAUGGUAGCUUUUCUAUUUAAUGUGAUUAUAAUGGUACUAUUUUUCUGGUCACUGUCCUGUUUUAUUUAUUUUAAUUAUUUCUUAAAGUUGAGGAAUUAAUAUACUUUAUUAAAGGUUCUAAUCUUUUGCAUUCCAUGUCCAUGUUACAUUAAACCUGCUCAUAUGAAUAA